AUGGGUUUUUGCUUUGGAUUCGUCUUGGUCAUCCUCACCAUCAUCUUCCCGCCACUCGGUGUCUUGAUGAUCGCAGGCUGCAGUGGCGAUAUUGUGGUGAACCUCAUCCUCACCCUGCUCGGUUGGAUCCCGGGCUACAUCCACGCCAUCUACCUCAUCGUCGUCUUCUACCACCGCAGAGGUCUCCGCAGAAGAGGCGUCUUCCUCACGAAUGACGCGCCCCUGAUCUUCAGUCACAAAGUGCAGAGCGGCGGACUUGCGUACCGGGGGAGGAGAACCUACUAG